GGGAAAGAAGCACUCUGCAUUAUCCCUGUGAAGAAUAUCCGGGCUGUGGAGAAACUGGCCGAAAGUGCCUUUAACCGCAAAAAUGUAAGCAGGACUCUCAUGACUGUCUUUGUCUGUUUAGAGCCAGGAGUUUUCACUGGCCGUCUACCUGACCAGUAAAUGGUAAAGCACACUUAUACUAUAGGCUAAUGCAAGGGCCCAGAGGUUUUCCUGGUCAGGUCAACAGAUCAGGAAAAUCUCCUCCUGUGUAAGUUGUGAAGGAAGUUCUUUGAGUUUACGCAUUGAAUUUGAACAGAUACAUAUGUGGACUAUGAGUGUUUGUUACUCAAUAAAAAAUAUAAAAAAUUGUCCGCAAAGGGCAAUUCAUUUGCACCAUAUUGACAGCCUGUCAGAUAUUUUGUGUGUGUAUGUAUGUAUGCGUUAUUGACAGCCCCUCUCUGCUCUCCCCUUUUUAGAUGUUCCAGGUGCUCCACAGUGAGAAGCCGCUGUACGUGCAGGCGGGGAACUGUGUGGAGGCCAGUGAGUGGGUGGAGGUGCUGAGCCAAGUGAGCCGCUGUAACCCGGACCGCCUGGGCACCUUCCACCCCUCGGCCUAUGUGUCCAGAGCCUGGCUCUGCUGCAGGAGCCUGAGCGACAGCCAGCCGGGCUGCAAGCCCUGCACACCGUGAGUACUCACCCCUGAAUCCAAAAGUAUUGGGACAGUUAAUUUUUUUGUUUUUGUUUUGGCUCUGUACUCCAGCACUUUGGAUUUUAAAUGAUACAAUGACUGAGGUUAGACUGUCAGCUUUAAUUUGAGGGUAUUUUCAUCCAUAUCGGGUGAACCGUUUAGAAAUUACAGCAUUUUGUGUACAUAGUCUCCCCAUUUUAGGGGAGACUAUGUACAUUUAUAGACAAAUUCACUUAUGUGUGUUAAAGUACUAAAAUGUUAAGCCUUUGGUCCCAUAUUCAUAGCACACAAUGACUACAUCAAGCUUGUGACUGUACAUAUUUGUUGGAUGCAUUUGCUGUUUGGUUUGGUUUUGUUUCUGAUUUAUUUUGUGCCUGAUAUAAAAUGAAUGGUAAAUAAUGCAUUGUGUCAUUCUGGAGUCACUUUUAUUGUAAAUAAGAAUAUAAUACAUUAAUGUGGAUGCUACCAUGAUUACGGAUAAUCCUGUAUGAAUUGUGAAUAAUGAUGAGUGAGAAAGUUACAGAGCCAUAAAUAACAUGGCUUCUUUAAUACACGUAUAAGUGAAUUUGUCCCAAUACUUUUUGUCCCCUAAAAUAGAGACUAUGUACAGAAAGUGCUGUAAUUUCUAAACGGUUCACCCUAUAUGGAUGAAAAUACCCUCAAAUUAAAGCUGACAGUCUGCACUUUAACCUCAUAGUUUUUACUGUAUGGAGCUCACUGUAUGUGAAUGUAUCUCAAUGUAAUCAAGGUUUGAAAUUAUUCUUGGGACUCUUGCGGUCAAUUUACAAUGUACAAAUGAUUUAUAACUAUGUUCCGGCCCCCGACCCACCGCUGAAUGUAAUUGGGGCCCCUGCCCUACGUGCUUAUGUAGAUCAGAGAGGUUUGUAUAUAUGGAUGGUUCAUAGUAUGAAAAAGACAGCCAGCACUCGCAAAUUAAGUAUUAAUUUGAUUUAUUUUCAGUCAAGACAUUGUGACGGCUAAAAAUAAAUCUUGUAAAUAAAGUAAUUAUUUAUUUAAGAGUUAUUUAAACAAAAUCUGAUUUACUCCUGGGCUACAGCACCCAUAUAUUCAUUUAUAGAACUUAUUAAGAGUUGAGCAUAGAGCAUUUUAUAUGGUUCAUAGUUCUAUCUUGCACUCUGAUCGGUCAGGUGGAAUUUUCGCCAUAUUUCUUGUACUGGUGCUAUUCUUCCCUCUCAGAUCGACACAAAUUUCUAGGAGAUAGCGGCUGCUUCAACCAAGCAAUUGACCGUAACGUAAUCACUGCCUACUUGUAUCAGACACCUGAGUCUUAUUCAAUAGGGAGCACCGCAGCUAAAUUGGACAAUUCCAGGAAGCGUUAUUGGACAAUUCCAGGUUUUCUUCCAUUUGGUGCCUAAUGAACAUGACCCUAUCUUCUUUCCCAGUACCUUGCUGGCUAACCUGCAGCUGGACAUCGACUGUGACCGCGAGACGGAAAGAAUCUUCUCCCUCCUCACCUCCAGCUACUCCAAGCUGCAGAAGAUGGAAGGCAAGUGGGAUUCUACCAGUCAAUCGCCCAACUCUCACAUAAAUUAAUAUAAAAAGUAUUCUUAUCACAGUAGAUUGUUUCUAUAGUGGCUUAUUGCAUGAGGCAUUUUCUCUUGAACCGUACCCUGCCGACUCGGAUAUUUUAUUUUGACAUUGUCCUUUCCAGCUCGUUCCAGCAACUAUUGUGUAUGACUAACCAGGCCAGCCCAGUACAGCUCUGAUUGGCUUGGCUCGGUUUGGCCCUUUAGUGUGAAUCGGGCAACAGUAGCUUGGUGUGAUAGAUACAUGAGGUCAUCAUCACAGGCUAUGUCUCCUGUGGUCAGAUGCAUGUGCCAGCAUCGCUGUGUACCAGGGUCCUGUGAGGGAGCAGGACGACUACUCCCUGUUCACCAUCCAGGACUCCAAGGAGACAUUCCACACA